AUGGAUAAGUCAAUCCGUAACACAUCCAAUGGAAAACCUACCAUUCCACCAAAACCAAACCUUAAUGCUUCACACCAGUCAAGCCACUUUGGUUCCUCUAGCAGAGUGGCUCAUGCUUUGCGUAACUUUGAACAAGGAACGGGUAAGAGCUAUGAAAAUGGUGAUUUUGAAUACUGGGAGUCUAUUGACACAGAAGCGCUGCGUGACAAAACAGGAAGCCCACGGAGAAUCUCCAGUGACUGGGAGCCAAACAGUGACUAUGAACCUCUAUAUCAGAUCUACCAGGCAAAGGUCUUGAAAGAAGCCAGUCAGAUCCAGUCUGAUAGUCCUGAUUGCAACAGGAGGAGUGUUAGUGAAACCCUGGGUCUUGAGGGUCCUGGAGGGCUUGGGGUGGUUGGCACCCGAUUCAAGAGAGGCCCUGAUGAGAUUACACUCUGGCAGGAUUUACCAGUGGUGAAGGAAAGUGGAGUGUUACAUAAACUCACUCGCACUGAAAAACAGAGACAAGAGAGCAUGUUUGAGGUGCUCACCUCUGAGGCCUCCUACCUGCGCUCCCUGCGUGUUCUGAAGGAUCAUUUCCUGGGGUCACGGGAACUCAAUGAGACUCUGGUCAUUCAUGAUAGGAGGGCCCUCUUCUCCAACCUCUUGCAGGUCUAUGAAGUCAGCGAGAGGUUUAUAGGGGAUCUGCUGAAGCGAGUAGAUGAGAGUGUGGUGAUAUCUGACGUGUGUGACAUCAUUUAUGAGCACUCAGAGAACCAUUUCUCAGUCUUUAUUGAUUAUGUCCGAAAUCAGCAGUACCAAGAGAAAACCUACAGCAGACUGAUGGAGAGUAACAGAGAUUUUUCUCUUGUGAUGAGGCGGCUAGAGUCAUCUCCACUCUGUAAACAUCUACCCUUCACAUCCUUUAUGCUUCUGCCUUUCCAGCGAAUCACCCGCAUCAAAAUCCUUAUACAGAAUAUUCAAAAGCGGACUGCAAAGGGCACUAAAGAGGAGGAAACAGCUUCCAAAGCUCUGGCUUCAGUCUCCAAGCUAAUCACGCAGGCAAACACACAGGUGGGGCAGAUGAAACAGAUAGAGGAGCUAAUUCAGAUCUCAAACAAACUGGAGUUUGACAAGCUCAAGGCAAUUCCAAUUGUUUCUAAAACACGCUAUCUAGAAAAACAGGGAGAACUACAAGAGCUAUGUAAAAGAGGGUCUCUCUUCAGCAGCCGCAACAAAUGUAUCCCUGUGUACAUGUUCCUCUUCAAUGACCUUCUCAUUCUCACCAAAAAGAAAAGUGGCUGUCCAGACCGCUUUGUGGUGAUCGAUCAUGCGCAUCGGUCUCUGGUUCAGGUACAGACCACAGAAAACAAUCUUGGGCCACGUUUGGAUCACUGUUUCUGUUUGACCCUCCUGGAAAACCAUCGGGGGAACACCUGUGAACACUUGCUCAAGGCUAAUACAGAGUCAGACAUGCAUAGGUGGAUGACUGCUUUCCCAUCGAUUAAAGCAGCCCUCAGGGAGGAGAAGAUUUAUGAAGACUGGGACUGUCCUCAAGUGCAGUGUGUUAGUCAGUAUGUAGCAAAACAGGCAGACGAGCUAAGCUUGGAGCCAUCUGAUGUCUUCAAUAUGCUGCGCAAAACCAGUGAAGGUUGGUAUGAAGGCAUGCGUCUCUCUGACGGAAAGAAGGGCUGGUUUCCAGCAGAGAAUACAUCAGAAGUAACCACUGAUCACCAGAGACGGAGGAACGUGAGGGAGAAGUACCAAAUCGCACAAGCAACCAGUCAAAACACUCCAAGUUGA